AUGCGCAAAAGCGUGCACUGCAUGGAUGCGGAUACUCGUGCCAUGCCACCUCCUCCUGUACCUCCUCGACCACCUCGUUUCCCACCAGCUCGUUUACCAGCUCCUCCAGUUCCAAGGGGUCUACCGAGGUCAUAUCCAGUUGAGUUUCCCAUUGAUGUCCCGUCAACGUCAACCUAUUCCUCCUGUACAGAAAACCACAGAAGUCAGGUAUACUUGAACGGUUUAAUGUCCGAUGAGGAUACUCUGGUUCGAGUGAAACACCGUCGUGAAAAAAGUAAUUCGAUGAGUAACGUCUCGAAUGGUGCUGCUCGUCGUCUUCGCGUCAGGAGGUUGUCGGUUCAUGUACUAAUUGUGCAAUCUUUAUUUGACUAUUUCUAUGAUUGCAGCACUGCGUCAUCAACGACGACUGAGGGUGACGAUGCCAGUGGCAGUGCAGGUGUAGAUGGUGUAGAAUCAGAAGAGGAAGACGACGAUGGAUCCUGUCCUUCCCACGAGAGUUUUGUCGAUUUGAAGGACUCUGUUCGUGAAUGUUUAGAGAAGGAGCCUAGCGAACGUAACGGAGAAGAUUUAGCAGUUUUAUUGGAUUUUAUGCAACACAUGUCGUCAUUUGCUUCUCUUCCUAUGUCCAUAAAGCGGCAGUUGUGCUUGAAAAUGGUGUUUGCCGUUGUGAACGAUGCUGGUACCGUGGUCAUGCAUCACAACGAAAAACUUGAUGCCUGGUCCGUGAUCGUUAACGGGCUCGUGGAGGUGGUGAAGCCGAACGGUGAAAGGGUCGAGUAUAAACUGGGUGACUCUUUUGGUGCUGAACCAAAUCCAGCAGUUCAAUAUCAUGUUGGAGAAAUGCGUACAAUGGUUGAUGACUGCGAGUUCGUCUUGGAUUUCUGCUCAAUCAUGUCCACGAUUAGUGAACAUAUUGAGAAAGAUCGCGACGGAUUGACAGGAGAAGUUGUAUCAGAAACGGAAAGAAGAACUGUGGGAAGUCAAGUUGGCCUUGUUCUCAUCAAAGGAAAGCCGGACAAACUUAUUCAACACCUAGUGGAUGAACGUGACAGUAAUGUGGACCCGCAUUAUGUUGACGAUUUUCUGCUCACGUAUAGGGUCUUCAUCCACAAUCCUACCAUUAUAUUCGAGAAACUCAUGAUGUGGUUUGCUGAUGGAGCCUUGAGAGAUAAGAUCGCUCGCAUAGUGCUGCUGUGGGUGAACAAUCAUUACAACGACUUUGAAACAAACGAUGAAAUGACGAAAUUAUUAGAAAGGUUCGAGGGCGCUUUGGAGCGUGAUGGUAUGCAUAGUCAGCAGAGCUUACUGAAUAUUGCUUGCUCAGUAAAGGCCCGCCCCCGAACAGUAGUUUACUCGAGGGCCAAUAAGGAUGACGCAUUACAUUUCUCAAUCCAGGGAGGUAAAGAGUGUGGAUGCGGUAUUUUUGUAAGCGAGGUUCAACCAGAUUCGCCCGCGGAACGUUGUGGAUUAAAAAGAGGAGAUGAGAUUCUAGACGUCAAUGGGCAAUCUAUGAAAUAUCUGACUUUAGCGAAAGCCUACGAAAUCAUGAAGGGUAGUAUCUCACUCGCCAUCAAUCUGAAGAGUAACAUUCUUGGGUUUAAAGAGUUGCUGGGAAAAACAGAGCGUGACGGCUCGAAGACAGCGAAAAACAGAGCUUUAGCUGGAGUUUUAACACAGGCUCGUGGGAGUGUACCCAAUGUGAUUCCCCGGCAUAAAACUAGUAUGAUGGAUAAACUGAUGACGAUAUUGAAAUCCACGAAGGAUGGAGAAGAUUCUACUGACGAUAUCCAAAUAAGCACAAGCCAGCUGCGCCCUAGUAGAUCAAAUCCCGAUAUUACAUCCAUAUCUCAGUACUAUGGUCCCGUAAAAAGUGAAUGUCCUGAACACGUGCUGAAGAUUUACAGAAGCGACCAGACGUUCAAGUAUCUUGCAGUUUAUAAAGAAACUACUGCUCAGAAUGUGGUUCAGCUGGCAUUACAGGUUUGUUUCCAAACUUUUAUUAUCGUCAGCUGUCUUGCACUGAGGUAG